CGGUGCUGGCGAUGUAGUAUACCAUAAUCAGUGAAAGGGUCACUGACCACGAUUGACGAAAUCGAUCGGUUAUUUCAAUACCUUGUCUUCUGCAUGGUGACGCCUUUGCCCUAGCUGCUCUCGCGCUAUUGUUUUGGCACUGACGUGACACGUGUAUUGCGUCUCGCGUCUCUGUUGACACCUGGAGGUCCAUGUCCUUUCGGACGAGGACCAGCUAGCGGAUGGUAUCUGUUGACACCCGUCUAUAACGCGCAUGCAUACACUCGUCAAAGACCGCUUCACGCCGCUAGGAGCAGGAUGCGCUGCCGUCCUAGUAUUCUCUUCAAGCCUAUCGUCGUCCAUAACGUUCUUCAUUGUCAUGUCCUGGUAGACAGAGCUUCAAUCAUGGAUGUUCCCGUCCAAUGUGACCACUACUGACCCUCCCUCUGUCGGCCAGGAAGCACCUUCAUCGUCCAAGCUCGCAAUUCCGGCUGCAGAUGGAAAACCAACCGUAGUGACCUUCUUGAGGUAUUGCGGUUGUCCUUUCGCCGAGAAGACGUUCCUCGGCCUGCGCACCGUCGCCUCGCAACAUCCAGACGUCCAUUUUCGUAGCCGUAUUACACAGCGAUGCGCCCUCUACCGGCCGCUGGCUGGCCUCCCUCCCCGACCCUGACUAAAACCGCGCUGCCGAAAUAAUCGUAGACGACGAACGCAAGAUCUAUGCGGCAUGGGGCUUGGGGGUGACUUCAUUCUGGCAUGUCUUGAGUCCCUGGGAGCUUGUAUUCAGUGUAUAGGCUGGGGAAGGAGGAUGGCAUUUGGAAUCGGCCGACGGAGAGCGGGACGCGCUGGCAGAGCUCGGGGAGCUUUGCGGUGGAGGGGGGAUUGUGAAGUGGGGAGGUUUGAGUAGGAGCGCGGAUGAUGUGCCGGAUUUUGUGGAGGCUUUGAAGGUGCUGGAGGGC